AGGCCGUAUGUUUGCCAGUACGAAGGCUGCGGUAAAGGUUUCACGAGAGAUUUCCACCGCGCUCGACACCUUCUUACGCACACCGGGGAAAAGCCGUUCGAGUGCGCAGCUGAUGGAUGCAAUCAGAAAUUUGGAACAAAAUCGAACUUAAGGAAGCAUAUUGAGCGCAAGCAUCAAAACCAGCAAAAGCAGUAUGUGUGCGACUUUGGAGGCUGUAACAAGUCUUUCAGGAAACAUCAACAACUUAAAGUUCAUCAGUGUCACCACACCAAUGAACCUCCCUUCAAAUGUAGUAAUGAAGGAUGUGGAAAGUACUUUUCUACUCCAAGUCGACUAAAGCGGCACGAGAAGGUACAUGAAGGCUAUGCAUGCAAGAAGGAAAACUGCUCAUAUACUGGAAAAACUUGGACAGAGCUUCUGAAACAUAACAAAGAAAGUCAUACAGAGCCGAUAGUUUGCAGUGAGUGUCACAAAACUUUUAAACGGAAAGAUUAUCUCAAGCAGCAUCAAAAAACACAUGCUGCGGAGAGGGAAGUCUGCCGAUGCCCGAGAGAAGGAUGUGGGAGAACCUACACAACUUUAUUUAAUCUUCAAAGCCAUAUCCUCUCUUUUCAUGAGGAGAAAAAACCAUUCUCUUGUGAUUAUCCUGGCUGUGGAAGAGUGUUUGCAAUGAAGCAGAGCCUAUCAAGGCACGCAGUUUUACAUGAUCCUGAAAAGAGAAAGCUGAACGCAAAGCGUUCUCGUCCUAAGAGGAGCUUAGCCUCUCGUCUGAGCGGCUACAUCCCUCCUAAAACGCGGCGAGGAAAGGAUGCGGUUGUGACAGAAAGCAAGACAAUGGAUAAGCCCAUGGAAAAUGAAAUACCAACUGUUGAAAUUCUGACUCUGCAGUAA